AUGAAGAUCAUUGCAUUGAUGCUCAUUGCCAUGAUCAUAACCUUGACAUCAUUUCCGUCUUCCAGCGGUAAAAAGAAGAUGUCUGCCGCGUCUGCGCCCCCUAGGGGAGGGUUGGGUAGCGCUGAGGAAGUUAAGGAAGGUGAAAAAACGGCAGCUGACACUGGUGAUGCCACUGGGAAUUCGAUCCCUGGGGAGGAAAUGCCAAAAGAAUGCAAAGGGGAGGUUGGUGUUUGCGUCCUAGAGCAUAUUAUCGUUAAACCUGGGCCGCCUAAAUUCGGAGGGCCAUGUUGUCAGAAAUUUAGAAAUGCAAGAUUCUGUGUGUGCAAAUACCUUAUGUCCAGUAAUUUCAAGGAAAAAAAUGCUGCUAAUGCUAUACUUCAAGGUUGUCGUUUAAGUCAACCCCGCUGUGUAAAGAUGCCAAUCCCACAAACAUGUAGACCAGAGGUUAUAAACUGCGUCCAGAGGUUACAAACCGCCUAA